AUGAAGAACUUGAAAGAGAAAGCGCUUUAUCGUGUCAUGCGCCUUUGCUGUUGCUUGGUCUAUGAUGCUGGUGUUCUGGGAGGUGUUCAGGAAACACGCCCUUUCCAUGAAGCACUCGGAAAUUCAACUGGCUCUUACAUCAUUCCCAUGGUGGCAUCUAGUUAUACAUUGGCUGCCACCGUGUGCGCUCUGGCAGUCUCGUGGCUUGGCAUGCCCUUGGGGCGACGGGGCUGUAUAGCCGAGAUGAGUCUCACCGAAAAGGAACGUGGCCCUGAGGUGGCUUUCCAAUGCAUAUUCCUAGUCAGUGGCUGUGCAUUCGCGUACUGGGUCGAUUUUGGCUUUACGCGACUCAAUAAUCAGAUCUCAUGGCGCUUUCCCAUGGCGUUUCAAGCCGGACUAGCUGUCGUUUCAGGUGUAGGUAUGUUCUUGCUGCCUGGCACUCCUCGGUGGUAUUAUAUUCGCGGUCGCUUCCAAGAAGGGGACGAGAUUCUAUCGCGUCUACAUGAUCGAGCGGUAUCGGACCCUGCUGUUCAAGAGAUGCGGCAGUCGGUUCUUUCGUCCCUUGAACAUGAGGCUGAGCAGACCAAAAGAUUGAACGUACUUGAUCUCUUGUGGGACCGAACUGACCUGCGAGUGGGACGUCGAAUUCGUGUUGCCUUUUUGACCCUGUCCGUACAACAAAUGAUGGGUAAGCAGAUCUCCUUCUUACAGACUCUCUCUCCCCGUCUUAAACAUUCAUCCCAGGAAUCAACAUCGCUGUUUACUAGUGUCACGAUUUUCUCACAGAUUGGCCUUUCUUUCACAAUGUGCCAGCUUCUCGCCGCGGUGAUGAACACCACCUUUGCGAUGGGGUCUUUCCUUCUUCCUUUUACCAUUGAGAGGUUCGGACGGAGAAGGAUAAUGAUGUACUUAGCUGCGGCUCUCACAAUCUGCCUUACAGUACUUGUCACAAUGAUUGGAUCCCCAGAGCCCACACUGGCAAAACAGUGGGUAGCAGUUGCAGUCAUUGUUAUCUAUAAUCUCAUUUUUGGCUAUGGAUGGAUUGGUGUUUGUUGGUUGUACGGGCCUGAGAUAGCGCCACUGCAGUUCCGCCACGUUGGAGGUACCGCUGCCGCAUUCGGAGAAUGGCUAUUUUGUUUUUUCACUGUAUUCGCAGGAGGUAUUGGGCUUGAGAAAGGGGGACGAGGUGAUAUAAAUCGUGGUGGUUCCAUUCCUUUUGUCUACUUCUUUAUGCCAGAGACCAUAUUGGAAGAGAUUGAUUACAUCUUCGUGAAACAGAAGUCAUGUCAAUGA